CAUCUUGUGGCUGGCUGGGAAAGAGGAGACGAAAGAAACAUGAUCAUCUGGCACUUCUGUCUACUCUUCGGAAAGUCACAUAAACUCGUCAAUGAUUGUUCUUCGUCCAAACAUUCUUCUUCAUUUAUUGCUUGUGACAACUGAAGAUGGGUUCCCCUGCAGCAGCAACUCCUGGGACUCUUGCAGAGUAUGACAUUAUCCUCUCUAUUUCAGAAGAAGCUAUCAAUCGACAGUUUCAGAUCCUCUAUGACAAGAAAAUCGACGAGAAAGGUGGCGCGCUUCCACCUCCUCCUGGAAUGGAGCAGGAUGGUGUAGCACCACCACCGCCUUCAAAGUACCUCAUCAAUCAUGAGUUGGAGAUUCACCUCGCAGAAGAAGGAUUGAGCGGGCAGCCAGAGAUUGACUAUGAAUCCGGAAUUAUUGGACAUACUAAAUGUCCAAAGGUCAGCUUCAAGGAUAGUGGAACAAGCAACAAAGGACGCAUCUCAUUUGAAUUCGAGCGUGUUGAAACAGCCAAAGAACCAGACAGCGUCUUCAAGUAUUGGGUUGGCAAAGGCAAAGCUGCCGAAACCAGGUCUCAAGUCAUCAAUGGCUAUACCAUGUCGUGGGAGGUGAAUCUUGGUCAGAAGAACAUACAGGACAUUGCCGGAGAGCUGCUAAAUCCAGCUGAAAGCAACUCCUCACCGGAAACUCUCCAUCCUGACGCUGUCAAGGCCAUCACGCCUUUGGCCAACGAGCACUUCACAAUUGCAUCCAUCUUUUGUAUCUUUGAAGCUGCUCAAAUUGCAGACUCGUUCAGGCUCUUCGAUGCGGAGUCUAAACCACUUCCAGACGUAUUCCAUACUUCUUUCAUGACCAAAGUCGCAGGUUACUUCUCACUACUCCAAAGGAAGAUCAAACCAGGCCGAGCAACGCCAGAUCAUCCUUUCGUCCUCGGCUAUGGUCUGUCACAAACCCUGCCUACAAUUCCAUCUCGCCAGCCAAAUGCAAUUCCCGACUCAACGCCCAAAUUCUUCAUUCCAAGGAAGUACAAUGUGACCGUGACCCCAGGACAGGGCUCAAACUUCACUGCUGGAACUUUCAACUUCUGCAUACUCACUCAUCGGGAUGAGAAUCAACCGGGUCGAGAUCCAGUGCGAUCAGAUCCGUCGAAGAAUCUCAAUGCAGGCAAACUCGACAAGACCUUCUUCGACUUGACUCGGACUCGCGAGCAUGAUGGAUUGAUGGCGUUCGCUCGUGACUUGAUCUUCGACAAUUUUCUCUGCAAAGAAGUCGCAAAUUCUUUCUUCAUCGACAUUGAAGCCAUCUUCAAGAAGGCGAUGGACAAGGGGUCGAUUGAUUCUUCGGAAUACAAGACCACGCCGUCGAUGAAUCUGUCAUCGCAGCCUCCAUCUUGGAGCAAGAAACAAACAGCAGAACUUAGUGGAAAGAUUAAGAGGAUGUUACUGGACGACAAGCAAAAUGUCACAGGAUUUUCCAAGCUUGAUGUGUCAUGGCAGUCUGACCUUCAGACAAAUCCAAAUAUCGAAGAGAAAGAUGCAAGACGCCACGCUCAACUGAUCUUUACCAGUCAGGUCAAGGAAGACUUCGAUUUUGUUGAUGUCGGCUUCAUCAGUGAUGAUAAACUCUUCGCUCACGUAGAUAUGAUCUACAAGUACGUCUUGAACAUCUCUCCAGGAACAGGCGGUUUAGUGGAUAUCACAAAAGACGAUAAAGCUAGCUCGCUUCCCGUUAGAGAGACAAGUGGAAAGUUGAAGCUCAUCCAGGCUGAACGGAAGGACGGCGAGUAUGGUGCAUACUUCACUACAACGAAGAAGACGGCUGCAUUGACAGAUCUGUGGAACAAUCUCAAGUCUGUUCUUCCUGAACAAUUUCAGUCGUUCUUCGUUGAUGUGCUUGAUGCUAUGGAGAAGGCUUGGGCUGUGAAAAUAGCAGACACGGCCAUUGCUGAAUACGAGAACAAGUGGAACGCAGGCAUCACUUCCAUCAAAAAUAAAGUGAUCCUUCCUGCAGGCAACGUCUUCAAUUUCUCGGGUGUCGAUGUUGAUUCCCAAGGCAACAUGUACACACAUGUCAGCUUCUCCAAUGGAGGAGAGAAGAUCAAAAAGACCCAUGGGGAUCUGAAAUCUGGGGAUAAGCCCAUGGUGGGCGGGGAGAAACCAACGGCGUGAGUGUGCAGGAAGGAAAAUAGUUUUUUGGGAACAU